AUGACUUCCUCACAGGGAUCUCCGGUCUCGCAGGCCCAAUCAAUAGGGCCUGUUGAACCGGUCGAAGACGAUGCAAGACAAUCUGAGAGUCCUCCUCCGGAUGAGGAGUUUGACCGGUUGAAUACCGGAACUGCCACGGUCUACGUGAGAUCAGAGGACUCAGAAAUCGAGACCGAAAUUCGUGCCCUUUUGAAGAAGUACGAGUCUGUCGAGCAAAUAACGAUCACCACUGACAACGUCAUGAAACAGAAUUCACCACAGGAGUCCGAAGCUUCAAUUGAGACCACGACCACGGACUCUUCAACAGCUGUCCCAGCAGCCGUUCCGGAUCAUCCGAAGCCAACCAAAGAGAUAUCAGUCAAAUUUGCACGUGUAGACGAAGCUGACGAUUUCGAAAAGCAAAUACAGGAGGUGUUUACAGAUGUCAAGAUUGAAUACGAUUCGAUAUCUCAUCCUGGAAACUUGUACAUUCGUGGAUUGUUGAAGUCCACCACCAGAGACGAGCUGUAUGGGUUCUUUGAGCCUUUCGGCAAAAUCAUAUCCUGCAAAAUCAUUGAGGAUGAGUUUGGAAACUCCAAGGGUUACGGCUUUAUAAACUACGAGCUGAAAUCAAGUGCUGAUGAGGCUAUAUUGAAGUUGAGUGGACAGGAAAUUGAGGGGAACAAGUUUUACGUGAACCACCAUAUCUCCAAGAAAGAGAGACAUGAAAGACUACAACUAAAGAAGAUCAACUACACCAACUUGUACGUCAAGAAUAUCCCUUUGUCUACCUCCGAGGAACAGAUAAAGGAAGUGUUCAGCAAGUUUGGAGAGGUGGAGUCUGUGUUUCUGCCCGAGAACGAGAAUGGAGAUCUGAAAGGUUACGGCUUUAUUAAUUUCAGACUCCACGAAGACGCUGUUAAAGCUCAAACAGAACUGGAUGGCUUUGAGUUUGAGCCUGGCUAUAAUCUGAGUAUCAGCAGAGCAGAAAGAAGGUCAUCUGAGACUGUUAGUGGAAUGAAAUUCUCUCGCCAAAGGCUGAACAGCAACGGCAAUAAACAGAUAUCUCCUACGUUUAUUGGAGCCACUGCCACGGGAACACCAACCUACAUUUUGGAUCCUUCUAGAGUCAACAUGGUUUCUGCGUAUGCCCCGGCUUUGCCCGUUGCUGGUCCUCAAUACCAGGACUCCAACCUCUACGUGAAGAACAUUCCUCCGAGCUUUGGCGAUGAAGAAUUGCACUCGUUGUUCAGUCAAUUCGGUACGAUUGUUUCUGCAAAGAUCAUGACCGACGAGCAGAACAAUUCCAAGGGCUUCGGGUUCGUCUGUUUCCAGAAGCCCAUCGAUGCGUCCCGUGCCUUGGUGGACAUGAACGGUGUUUCCGUGGACGAUUCACACAUUUUGGCAGUGUCAUUUGCACAGAGACGCGAGAACAGAGUAUCGUAUGGAGUGGUCCAUCAUUAUAACCAGAAUCAUCUCCAGCCUCUGUUCAAUGCCCUGGACUCAUACAAGAAGUACCAGCAGUCUCACCAACAGUACUACGGUGGGCCUCCACCGCCAUCAAGCUCCAAUGGAUGGUACCCUCCACCUCCAGCAAUGUUCCCAGACUAUGGCUCUCCGUCCUCGGGAUCUUCCAACGAGGCUUCAUCGUCUCCCAGCCCAUCAUCACCUCCUGUUGCACCACAGUACUAUGGCGGACUUCCACAGUACGGCAUGUUUUCACCAGCCGGUUACAUCCCCGGCCCUAUGAUGGGAAUGGCCCAGCCAACGAUGUAUGUUCCUUCUCAACCACCUCGCAGAAGAACAUCUUCUCCUCGCAGAAGAACCAAGAACUGA